AAAACAGAGGAGUGGGCGGAGCUUGAGCCAUAGGGGGUGGGGCUUGAAAACCAGAAUGUGACUGGUACUGACUAGACUUAUAAUUAACAAAAAUGUCCUGAUAGUAUUUAAUUGUUGAAUUAAAGUCAUUUGGAGGCGGCUGACAGAAAGAGGUGACUGAAUUUAAAAAAAUGUCUUCGUCUAUGACGUCAUCACCAGUGGACGGGAUGACGUCAUCCGCGCGGGUCUCCUGCUGACUGACAGCCCAAUCAGUGAACUGUUUGGCAAAGUGAGUGAUGGGAUUACCAAACAUCGGCGGGGGGGAAUCCUGAACUGCUUGGCUGUGUUCUGGAGGGAAGAAUUGCGGGGGUGGCGCGUCUCUGUCGCGAGCUGAAGCCGUCUUGUGCGACUUCCGCCUUCGCCGACGCGUGCGAGCGGGCUGGGAGCGGACCUCCCCGGGCCAGAUGGAGUCGAUCGGGACCAGAACACCUCCAGGUCCCCAUAUCAUCUCCUCAUCUGGAUUGCAGCGGAGCGUCUCUGCCUCCAUCGCUCGGAGGACCAUCCACGCACCUUCUUCAUCCACCUCCGUCAGGCCCGAUGCGAAAGAACUCUUUGCUGGCUUCGUACUGUGACGACCGGGGCGCAUGGUGAUGCGGGGUUCGUUCUCUCAGGAAUGCAGACGGGCGUCAGACACAGCGUGCAGGUAAGAAAGUAUUUAUUUGAUAAUUAACUUAUACUGGAAUAAAGAAAAGGGUGCUCAUAGCACAUAAGGCAAAAACUAAAAGAGCUAGCAUGGGAGCUAGAAGGUAAAAAAAGGAGUUUAGCGUGGAAGCUAACAGGUACAGAGCCAGAACAAAAAGUCGUCAACUGUUGCAUGAAAACAAACUACGAAGCCAGAACGAAUGACAGGGAGGACAGACUUAAAUAAUAAUGUCAGUGAUGACAAACAGGUGCGUGUCGGGAACAAACGCGGCAGGUGAAAAUAAUAAGCAGCCAUGGCAACAAACUCAGGUGUACAAAACAGGUACUCAAGGAGUCCAAAACUAACCAAAAACACAAGUAUCUAGAAAACGUAAACAAAAAAUAUGAUCCGGGCAGCGGAUCAUAACACCACGGUUCUUCCAUGUUAGAGGUGAACUAAGUGUUGUGGAUGGACUUUUACUGAAGCGAAACCGAAUAGUCAUUCCACAAACAUUGAGGCAGGACAUACUACAAAGAAUCCAUGGAGGUCAUCUAGGGAUUGAAAAGUGCAAGAGACGAGCACGCGACACUGUAUACUGGCCUGGAAUCAACAAAGACAUUGACAACAUGAUUGGCAGAUGUUCAACAUGUCAAAAAUACAGAAACAAACAAACCAAAGAACCCAUGAUAUUGCCUGAAGUUCUUACUGCACCAUGGCAGAAAGUGGGAAUGGACUUGUUUUAUUUGAAGGGCAAAGAGUAUGUUGUUGUCAUUGACUACUAUUCUAAUUUCCCUGAAAUGGCUUUGCUAUCAAGCACAUCAUCAAACUGUGUGAUCACACAUGUCAAAUCUAUAUUUGCUAGACAUGGUAUACCGCAUACUGUGGUGAGUGACAAUGGACCAUGUUUCAACAGUAAAGAGUGGCAGCAAUUUUGCAAAACACUAUGAUUUCAGGUACGUGACGUCAAGCCCUCUGUACGCACAGUCAAAUGGAAAGGCUGAGAAAGGAGUACAUAUUCUCAAACAACUUUUGAAGAAAGCAGUGGAUAGUAACUCUGAUCCAUACCUAGCACUACUUAGCUACAGAGCGACACCUCUUGAGUGUGGCUUGUCACCCUCUGAACUACUGAUGAACAGAAAGCUUCGUACUACACUACCAAGUAUGUCUACACCAACGCAGAGUCAAAAAGUACGACGGAAGCUAAAGCAACAAAAGCUAAAGCAGAAGUCGUUUUAUGACAAAGCAGCCAAAUCGCUCCCACCACUAUCACCAAGUGACACAGUGAGAAUUGAAGGUCCUGAUGGUUGGAAAACCAAAGCUACUGUUCUUCAAGAAACAUCACCACGAUCAUAUACUGUGAGGAGUGAAGAAGGACAGAUACUACGUCGCAAUCGUCGCAGUUUGCCGAGGGUUCCAGAGACUGUUCCAAACCAAGAAACAGCCGAGUCCGAGGUUUCAUCUACACCGACUGUUUCAAACCAAGCAACAGCCGAGUCCGAGGUUUCAUCUACACCGACCGUUUCAAACCAAGAAACAGCCGAGUCCGAGGUUUCAUCUACACCGACCGUUUCAAACCAAGCAACAGCUGAGUCUGAGGUUUCAUCUACACCGACUGUUUCAAACCAAGCAACAGCUGAGUCCGAGGUUUCAUCUACACCGACCGUUUCAAACCAAGCAACAGCUGAGUCCGAGGUUUCAUCUACACCGACCGUUUCAAACCAAGCAACAGCUGAGUCCGAGGUUUCAUCUACACCGACUGUUUCAAACCAAGCAACAGCUGAGUCCGAGGUUUCAUCUACACCGACCGUUUCAAACCAAGCAACAGCUGAGUCCGAGGUUUCAUCUACACCGACCGUUUCAAACCAAGAAACAGCCGAGUCCGAGGUUUCAUCUACACCGACCGUUUCAAACCAAGCAACAACCAAGUCCGAGGUUUCAUCUACACCGACCGUUUCAAACCAAGAAGCAGCCGAGUCCGAGGUUUCAUCUACACCGACCGUUUCAAACCAAGCAACAGCUGAGUCCGAGGUUUCAUCUACACCGACUGUUUCAAACCAAGCAACAGCCGAGUCCGAGGUUUCAUCUACACCGACCGUUUCAAACCAAGCAACAGCUGAGUCCGAGGUUUCAUCUACACCGACCGUUUCAAACCAAGAAGCAGCCGAGUCCGAGGUUUCAUCUACACCGACCGUUUCAAACCAAGCAACAGCUGAGUCCGAGGUUUCAUCUACACCGACCGUUUCAAACCAAGCAACAGCUGAGUCCGAGGUUUCAUCUACACCGACCGUUUCAAACCAAGCAACAGCUGAGUCCGAGGUUUCAUCUACACCGACCGUUUCAAACCAAGAAGCAGCCGAGUCCGAGGUUUCAUCUACACCGACUGUUUCAAACCAAGCAACAGCUGAGUCCGAGGUUUCAUCUACACCGACCGUUUCAAACCAAGCAACAGCUGAGUCCGAGGUUUCAUCUACACCGACUGUUUCAAACCAAGCAACAGCCGAGUCCGAGGUUUCAUCUACACCGACCGUUUCAAACCAAGAAGCAGCCGAGUCCGAGGUUUCAUCUACACCGACCGUUUCAAACCAAGCAACAGCUGAGUCCGAGGUUUCAUCUACACCGACCGUUUCAAACCAAGCAACAGCCGAGUCCGAGGUUUCAUCUACACCGACCGUUUCAAACCAAGCAACAGCUGAGUCCGAGGUUUCAUCUACACCGACUGUUUCAAACCAAGCAACAGCCGAGUCCGAGGUUUCAUCUACACCGACCGUUUCAAACCAAGCAACAGCCGAGUCCGAGGUUUCAUCUACACCGACCGUUUCAAACCAAGCAACAGCUGAGUCCGAGGUUUCAUCUACACCGACCGUUUCAAACCAAGCAACAGCUGAGUCCGAGGUUUCAUCUACACCGACCGUUUCAAACCAAGCAACAGCUGAGUCCGAGGUUUCAUCUACACCUACUGACUGUGAAACAAUGCCAACGCAGCACAUGAAUGAAGAUGUGACUGACGAUCCUGAACCUGUGUUGAGAAGAUCCACAAGGCAGAUCAAGAAACCUGUGAAUGAUGACUACGUGUAUUAUUGAACUCGUAUAAUAUCAAACUGAUUGACAAGCUAAAGAGUUCAUGUUUUUUUUAAAUAUUUUAAAUGUUUUGUAAUACUGUGGUGCAUGGAUAGUUUUUGAAAAGAUUGCAUAUUCGUUCGUUGCGUCUCGUCUCGACUACUGUAACGUAUUAUUUUCGGGUCUCCCUAUGUCUAGCAUUAAAAAAUUACAGUUGGUACAAAAUGCGGCUGCUAGACUUUUGACAAGAACAAGAAAGUU